AUGAACAUUGUACGAAAUAAUCAACUUGCAUUUAAACAAAAGCCUUAUUCAAUAUUCACUAUUUAUUCUCUGGUAUACUGUUUCAUAAUAACAGCAUUAUCAAGCAGCAGCACCGCCACCAGCAGUAGCAGUUUAGUCAUCCAUGAAGAGAAACUGUUACGUCAAUUUGUAAGUUUCAUUCAAUCUACAUCGCAUAACUCCAAUGCGUGUUCAGUAAAUCCACGUAAAUCGAAUUCACUAUCCAAUUCUAUCAAUUUAAAUGAAACAUUCCAUCCAAUAUUUCAUAGUGUCAUAACUCAAAAGAGUUUAACAAAAAAUUUCUUACAUGAUAUAUAUAAAUGUAUUGAAAUUGUGAGAACUUUUAAUCGUUGGUAUUAUCAAUCGACUUCAGAGAAUUCGAUAACACUACCGUCUGUACAACAUUCCAAAGCAAAAUUAGAAGAAUACUUGAUCAAUUUACUACAUUUAAGUAGACCAGUUAGAAUUCAUAAUGCUGAAUCACUUAUCAUGAGGAAUUUAAACCUUAAACCUGUUAAUAAUGGAACUACUACCAGUCGAUAUGAUCAAAUUGGUUUUUUAAAUUAUAAUCAUUCUAACCUAUUGGGUAUUGGUUAUUGCCGUAAUGGUCUAUUAAUAGCUUAUGUAAAUAAUUAUUCGUCUACUCCUAUCAGUAAUAGUAAUGCUUAUCCUGUACAUUUAAACGAAAUUUGCAGCCAAUUUCGAACCAGUAUUCAAGCAUUCAAUAACCAUGAGGAUACAAUUAGUUUUAGUGAUUUUCAAUAUGGGAAAUUUUCAUCCUUUUGGGCACCAGUUAAAUGUGAUAGUAACUCAUUUAUGCCAAUUGUAUUGAGAUAUUUUAUAUAUACCACAGAAAUGAGGUGA